AUGGCCCAAGUUUCUGGACUCUACACAUCUUUGCUUUUCUCUGAUUUCUCCCUUCACAUACCUUGUAAGUUCGAAGAGGACAUCCUUGAUAUCUGCUUUGAGAUCCUGAACAAGAGCCUCUACUUUCUAAAGAACCCAUCCAAAGACCAUUCUCAGAGGAGCGACGUGGUGUACGUCUGCAGGGUGGUGAGUGCCAUGAUCAACAGCAAUGACGACAGUGGUGUGCUUCAGGGGAACUGGGGAGAGGACUACUCCCAGGGCAUCAGCCCUCUGGAAUGGAAUGGCAGUGUGGCCAUCUUGCGGCAGUGGUCAGCCAGGGGCGGGCAGCCUGUGAAAUAUGGACAGUGCUGGGUCUUUGCUGCUGUUAUGUGCACGGUAAUGAGAUGCUUAGGUGUUCCAAGCCGCGUCGUUUCCAAUUUCCAUUCUGCACACAACACAGACGGGAACCUGACCAUUGACACCUACUAUGACCGAACCGCAGAAAUGCUGCCGACUCAGAAGCCAGACAAAAUCUGGAACUUCCAUGUCUGGAACGAGUGCUGGAUGAACCGGAAAGACCUUCCACCAGGGUACAAUGGCUGGCAGGUUCUGGACCCCACCCCCCAGCAAACCAGCAGUGGGUUGUUCUGCUGUGGUCCGGCCUCUGUGAAAGCCAUCAAGGAAGGGGAUGUCCACCUGCCCUAUGACACCCCUUUUGUGUAUGCACAAGUGAAUGCUGAUGAGGUCAUUUGGCUUUUUGAGGGUGGCCAGGUCCAGGAAAUCCUGGCCCAUAAUACCAGUUACAUCGGGAAGGCGAUCAGCACCAAGAUGGUAGGGUCAGAUGAGCGCCUGGACAUCACCAGUUCCUACAAGUACCCAGAAGGAUCCUCUGAGGAGCGCUCUGUAUUCAUUAAGGCUUCCCGGAAGUUGCUGGAACCAAGAAGGGACUCUUCAUCCCUCCUGGAUCUCCUAGGGUCUGAGGGCUUUAAGGAUAAGCCUGUGCAGCUGCAACUCCACCUGGCUAGGGCACCCAUGUGGGGCCAGGACCUGCUGCUCACGCUACAUGUCCAGAGGGUGCCAGACAGAGCCCACAGUCAGGACCCCAUUGGACUGAUGGUACGCUUUUGUGCGCAGGCCCUGCUGCAUGGGGGCAGCACUCGGGAACCCUUCUGGAAACAUGCGGUACGCUUGAGUAUGGAUUUUGAGAAGGAGCUACAGUGGCCGCUCCUGCUGCCCUACAACAAUUACAAGAACAAGCUGACAGACGAAAAGCUGAUCCAUGUGUCUGGCAUUGCUGAGGUUGAAGAAACAGGGCGGUUCAUUCUGGUCCUAAAAGAUUUCUCUCUGGAGCCUCCCCACUUAUCUAUUGAGGUGUUUGAAAGGGCUGAGGUGGGCAAGGCCCUGACCAUCCACAUCACCCUCACCAACACCCUAAUGGUGGCUCUGAAUAAUUGCACCAUGAUUCUGGAGGGGAGCGGCCUCAUCAACGGGCAGCUAACAAAAGACCUUGGGACUCUGAUGGCCGGACACACCAUCCAAAUUCAGCUGGAGCUCUACCCCAUCAAAGCUGGGCCCCACCAGCUACAAGUCCUCAUCAGCAGUAGCGAGGUCAAGGAGAUCAAAGGCUACAAGGACAUCUUCAUUGCUGCAGCCCCAGUCUCCUGAGCCUUCCUGAUGCCCCCUCCACCCCACGUGUCCCCGUUUCAGCCCCGCUUCCCGUCCUCGGCAUAGCCUUGCUGCUUUCUACUUCUCAAGGUGUUGUCUUGAUUCAACCUCGGUAGUGGGGGCAAAUGAAACGCCGUGGAACCGCUGUGCAUCAUGGGAAGAAGCA